GUCUUUCACAAAACCUUUUUAUCAGCAUAACAAUGGAGCGAAGAAAAAUAAAGAAUGGCUGGGAAAACCAGCGGGGCCGGUUUUAACACGUGACUGGAAAAUGUUUGUAAUUCCAGCAUGGAGCAGGUUUAGCUGAGAGUGACGUUGCAGCCUCUCUCAUUGUGGUUUGUUUUGUUUCCGGCCAGUGAUGUUUCCCGCUGAGCAUAAGAAGCCACCUGUGUGACUGAUGUCUAAUUCAAUGGAACCUCCUUCAUAUGAGGAGAUCAGUCAGCAGCCCCCUGCUCUGGUGAUACCAGUGUCAAACCCUCCCGCCUACACCCCCCCAUCACCUUCAACACCUCCUCCCGCCUACGGAGAUGCAGUUCAGUCAGACCCCUUUCCUUUGCUGACGACACCUUCCAUGGUUGUGAUUUCAUCCCCACAACCUCCUGGAGUCAUCUUCCAUCAAGUUACACAAAUUGGUGUGAGAAGGACCGAGGGUCAGACAGUAGCAGUGGUGUCUCAGCCGUCACCUGUUCCGAUCAUAGUGUCCUGUUUGAGGGAAAGUCCUGGUUUGGUGGUUUGUCCUCACUGCCAAGAACUUGUGACCACCAAAGUCAAACACGUGGCUGGGAAACAAGCUUGGGGCAUUUGUAUGACCCUUACCUUGUUGGGGCUGUUUUGCGGUUUCUGUUUGAUCCCCUUUGCUGUUCCUCACUGUCAAGAUGUGGCUCACUUCUGUCCUGGUUGUAAAAAAAAAAUCUAUGUUUUUGAAAGAUGACAAAGUCCUCACAUUUAGACAGUCUUGGCUCCAUAAUUUUUAUGAACACUUUUCUUCUGUUGUUGUUUUUUUAUUUUUUUAUUAAAACCAUUCAACUUUAUAUAAACCAAGAAACCCAGCCAGGACCUGAAUCAGUCUUAUUGCUCUGAGGCGGCAGUGCUAAACACCAAAGCACUGUUAACUGUUCAGAGGAGAAAGUAAAUCAUGAAGAUUAAAAUUUUGCUUUUAAUAAUAACUUUUAUAUUUAGCAAAUAGGUUAUACCUUUUGCACAGCUAACAGCAAUUUCAGUAUUUUAUGGAUCUAAGUGAAGCUCAGCACACAUGUAUGCAUAUCAACAAAGACAUUAACAAAAAUUUUUAGCUUGGACACUGCUCCAACAUGAAAGGUUUGAACUUGGAGGAUUUUCCUUUCAGCUCUGCAGAGAGUCCAGUCACAUAUGAUUUUCUGUCCCUGAUGGUUUAUCUGUUCUUUUUUUUAAUUCUGUACAUUCCGUGUCUUGCUGUAAAGAAAUAACUUUAUCACAGAGACUUUAUAAAGCAUGUAAAGAAUAUUUUUAAGUAUACAAGGAUGACACACAAAGCAAGUGAUACAAAACUCUUGAGCGUAAAUGUUAUUUUUUGCUGAGAUUGUUGACUUUCAAAAUCUUUUAUUUAUUCAGACAAGGUAGCUUACUAUUUUACUUUUGUAAUCACCAUUCUCUUCUGAAACUUGUGGACUACCUUUGAGUUAAUUUAGAAACAUUCAAGUAGUUUUAUGCUUUAUUUGUAUUUUUUAUUAUGUUAUGUAAUUCAGUAUUAUUAAAAGUCGCUUGCAGAUA